AUGAGCUUCAUGGCCCAGGCCAUCGAACUGGCGCGGGUUGCCUUGGGCUCCACCAGCCCCAAUCCGGCCGUGGGCGCGGUUUUGGUCAAGGACGGCCAGGUCGUGGCCAAGGGAGCGACCCAGCCACCAGGGCAGGCCCAUGCCGAAGUGGUUGCCCUAAGCGAUGCAGGGGAACGAGCCCGGGGCGCCACCCUUUAUGUAACCCUUGAGCCCUGUUGCCACUGGGGCCGCACCCCGCCCUGCACUGGGGCCAUUAUCGAUGCCAGGGUUGCCGAGGUGGUGGUUGCUGUUUCAGACCCCAAUCCAGUCGUAGCCGGUAAUGGCAUCGCGGAACUCCGGGCGGCGGGAAUCACAGUCUCGCUGAACAACGGCGAACUUUCCACCUGCCGAGAAAUCCGCGAGCUGUACGAGGGGUUUGCAAAGCACAUCUCCACCGGCAUGCCUUUCGUGCUGGCCAAGUUCGCAAUGAGCCUGGACGGCAAAAUAGCCACCCAUAAAGGAGAUUCCAAGUGGGUGACCGGCCCGGAGGCACGUUCUCUGGUGCAGCAGAUGCGCCGGGAGACAGAUGCGAUAAUGGUGGGGGCCAACACCAUCGUCGCCGACGACCCUCAGCUCACCGCCCGCGGGUACGACAAUCAGCCACUGCCGCGGCAGCCCAUUCGGGUGACGCUGGACAGCCUGUGCCGCAUGCCGGUGCGGUCCCAACUGCUGCGCCAGCCAGGCCAGACACUGGUGUACACCACUGAGAACGCGCCUGCCGGCAACAUUGGUGGACUGCUGCGAGCCGGAGCCGACGUCGUUCCGGUGGGCGCCACCAAUGAGGGAUUAGUCAGCCCAGCGGAAGUGCUGGCCGACCUGGGUCGAAGGGGCGUCGUGACUCUGCUGGUGGAGGGCGGAGGAAAGACAUUGGGGUCGUUCUUCGACGAUGGGCUUGUUGACAAGGUACACGCCUUCGUCGCCCCGGUCAUAAUCGGCGGGAUUGGUGCUGCCUCUCCAGUUGAGGGCGCGGGGGCGGAGGAGAUGGCUUACACUCACCGACUGGAGGGAACGUCGCUGCAGCAAGUGGGGCCGGACUGGCUGAUAACCGGCUAUCCCCAAAGGCCGCUCUCCAGAGGAUAG